GAGGGGCAGCGGCGGCCCAGCGCCCCGCAGCCGGCCCUGUGGGCAGCGCGGCUCCCCCGGCUCCGCUCGGCGCGGCUCGGCCCGCCCCCACGGGGCUGCAGGGCGGGGCCGGCGGCGGGCAGGCAGGUGGAGGCGGGGCGGGGUCCGAGCUACGCCUCGAGCGGCUGCCGCGCACCUGCGGGGCUGCUUUGGCCCGAAUUAUUUUCCCAGUAGCCAACCUGAGCCUCCCCAGCACAGCUCGAUGCCGCCACCUCUCACCCUACCGCUGUUAGCUGGGAGCAGAGGCCGGCCCCCACAUCGCCACGGCCUCCUUUCAGGCAGCGGGAGAGCCAUGAGGUCUCCCCUGAGCUCCUACCACGACUUCAGUAAAGGGUCUCUGGAGAUUCAGCAGUUGGAGAACCUCCUGCAGGCCAUAAGCGCCCAACGGUGCAAUUAAGGAGGAUGUGUUCCUCCUGUUUGCCCCUCAUGACAUCUUUCUAAUUGUCUCUCUAAAACCACACGUUAAUGAGGCUUUCCUUUCACGCUCGGUUUGCCACGCGUCGCUGCUCCACUCAGCUUCAUUAGCCACGCAGAAGGAACAGCGCUGGCAUCUGCACAGAGGGAUUUGGGUCCCACAGGAGCCCGGCACACACCGUGCUGCUGCAGCCCUGGGACACCCCGCUUGUGUUAGAUGGGGAGCGGUGCUGCUGAGCUGUGUGACACACAAGGCUGGUCCCACUGCACUGAGCCACGGCCGCUCCAGCUGGGCCACAGUACCGUGUUGUUUCAUAAGCCAGGGCCCGCUCUCACAUACACAGGGACCAAAGCCAUCCAAUUCAACCGUACGUUUCUUGCGAGGCCCUGCAUCGAUCUGAGCAUCCCCAGCUCAGCCUUGCUGUUUCCCAAAGCAGUGCCGCCAUCUGGCUGCUCCCAGCUCUGCCUUGAGCGCACCCUCAGCAAGCUUGCUGAUGCCGCCAAGCUGAGCGGCGCAGUGGAUGCAGCAGGACGAAGUGAUGCCGCCCGAGGGACGGGCUUGAGCGGUGGGCCCUAAUGAGGUCAUUACGUGUGAACCUAAUGAGGGUCAAUACGGCCAAGUGCAAGGUGCUGGGGCAAUCCCAGAUACGUGUACGGACUGGGAGAACAACUCCCUGCGCAGCAGGACUUGGGUUCACAGCAAUGAUGUCCCUUGAUAUAUCCGACAGCUCUCAGAUCUAUGCUGCCUUCCUGGUGUACCUGGACCUCCUGGAAGGGAGAAGCUGGCAUGAAGUGAAGCACGUUGGAUUAGCAGAACUGCAGCUCGUAUGUUUACAUGCCCGUGAAAGAGAGCAGGGCGAUCUCCAAGUGAUGGUACCGAUACCUGCGGACGUGUUAGUGAGCCAUGAGAGGUUAAGAGAAAUCAUGAAGAAAGCUGCUCUCCCCCACGACGACCCCGACACCCCGCUGUCAAUUACCUUGGCCAUAGUUGAGACAGAUUCCACAAUAGUCUACUAUAAAAUGACUGAUGGCUUUGUGUUACCAGAGCCUCCUGACGAUACUGAAGAUGUGGACAAUAAACAGUGGAAGAGGAAAAGACGGAAGCUUUCCAAAUAACGAAGACAAACAGACUUUUCUUGAACUACUCAAACAAAAAUCCAGGAACUUAAGUGUGUAAAUAAGCAGUGUGCAGAAGUCUGCCUUCUGCAUAUCAAGUGCAUGUUCAUGGAGAAUGGAGUUUUCUUGCAGCUACGCUGUAAUAAAAUACCCCUCAAAGUA